AAAGGCCCACCUCUUCAGGUGGAAGAAGGAAGGACGUCAAGGCAAGUGGGGCUGGCAGCCAUGCCAGGGAGCUGCUCCUCUCCCAGCCGCGCCACAGAAGCAACCGGGGCGGGAAUGUGCUCCCGGAGCAUCGCAGGGGCGUUCCUGGAGGUCUCCGGCAAGGCGGUGAGCCUCUCGGAUGCCGUCCGGGAGCACCUGCUUCAUCCUGACCUUGCGCUCUCCCUCCUGGAGGCCCAAGCAGCCACCGGUGGAAUUGUUGACCUCGAGAGGAAGGAGCCGCUUCCUGUGGCGGAGGCCGUGGCACGGGGACUCGUGGGGUUGGAGCAGAAGGAGAAGCUGCUGUGUGCAGAGCGUGCCGUGACAGGCUUCCCAGACCCCUACACGGAAGAGAAGAUCUCCCUCUACCAAGCCAUCCAGAAAGAGCUGCUGGGGAAGGAGCACGGCCUCCGCCUCCUGGAAGCCCAAAUAGCCACAGGAGGCAUCAUUGACCCCGUCACGCACCAGCGCGUCUCUCUUCAGGAGGCCUACGCCCAUGGCUACCUCGAGGAGGAUCUGCACACCUUCCUCUCGGAUCCGGGGAAUGAGGAGGCCAAGACCUACCUGGACCCCAACAGUAACCAGAACGUCACCUAUGCAGAGCUGAUGCAGAGGUGCGUUGCAGAUCCAGACACAGGCCUGCUCCUGCUGCCCCUAAAGAUCUCCUUCCCCGGACUGCGAGGAGCCGUCUGCAGCCAUGAGCUCCUGGACUCUGGGGUCAUUGACUCAGCUACAUUCAGAGCCCUCCAUCACGGAGAGCUCACCGCCCAGGAAGUGGCAGAGAUGGAUGCGGUGCAGCAGUACCUCUCGGGGACAAACAGCAUCGCUGGCGUUGCCGUCCUGCAAACGGGUGAGUGCAAGAGCCUGUACCAGGCUUUGUCAGAGCACCUCCUCAUGCCAGGGACAGCCGAGAUCCUCCUUCAGGCUCAGGCCGCGACAGGAGGCCUGAUCGACCCGGCGAGGAACAAGAGGCUUGACCUUGACGAAGCCGUCCGAUCAGAAGUGGUGGGGCCAGAACUCUACGAGAAGCUGUCUUCAGCCGAGAGAGCCGUGACUGGGUACCGAGAUCCCUGCACUGGGGAGACGCUCUCGCUGUUUCAAGCCCUGAAGAAGGGUCUGGUACCCAGGGAUCCGGGGCUGUUCCUGCUGGAGGCCCAGCUUGCCACCGGUGGCAUUGUUGACCCACACACGCACCACCGUCUCCCUGUGGAGGUGGCCUGCCAGAGAGGUCAUCUGGACAAAGACACCCUCAGCCGCCUCUCCCAGCCCAACGACGACCUCCGUGGCUUCUUUGACCCCAACCUGAAGAGGAACUUGUCCUAUGCAGAACUGCUCUUGAGAUGCGUCACGGAUCCAGACACAGGGCUCUGCCUUUUCCCCCUUUAUGGUGACCCCAGGAGGGAGCACCCCUUCAUUGAGCACAGGACACAGAGCCUGCUGAGGAACACCAUCGUACCUGUGCCCUCGGGCAAGUUCAGGGGCAAGCCUACUUCUCUCUGGAAGCUUCUGUUCUCCGACUACUUUACAAAGGAGCAGAGGAGAGCUCUCCUCCAACAGUUCCACUCUGGAGGGCUUUCCAUCCACAGAUUCGCUGACAUGGUCUGUGACACGGUCCGACAGGUUUCGGCCAACCCCAGGAUCACUUUUGAAGGCCUGAGGAGCAAGGUGACCCCCGCUCAGCUCUUGAGCUCCGAAAUCAUCAACAAGGAUCUGUUUGAGAAAUUAACCCAAGGAGAGACGUUGGCCAAAGACGUGGGGAACAUGAGCACCGUGAAGAAGUACUUGGAAGGGACGGGAAGCAUCAGCGGGUUGCUCCUGCCGGACUCCCAGGAGCGGAUUGGCAUCUACCAGGCCAAGAGGAAAGGCCUUCUGCGGCCAGGGACAUCCCUCGUCCUCCUGGAAGCCCAGGCUGCCACGGGACACAUCAUUGAUCCAGCCGCCAACAAGAAAUACUCCGUGAAUGAGGCUCUGCAGGCCAACGUCAUUGGGCCAGAUGUUUACGACAAGCUCCUGGCAGCCGAGAAAGCCGUUACUGGCUACCGGGACCCUUACACCGGGUCCAAGAUCUCUCUCUUCCAAGCCAUGGGGAAGGAUCUGAUUGUCAAGGAACACGCGAUCCGCCUGCUAGAGGCCCAGAUUGCCACCGGAGGCAUCAUUGACCCCGUCAACAGCCACCGCCUGCCUGUGGAGGCCGCCUACAAGCGGGGGUACUUUGACAAGAAGAUGAACCUGAUCCUCUCCGACCCCAGUGACGACACAAAGGGCUUCUUUGACCCAAAUACUCACGAGAACCUGACCUACUUGCAGCUGAAGGAGAAGUGCAUUAUGGAACCCACCACCGGCCUCUGCCUCCUGCCGCUGAACAGCAAGAGGCGCCAGUUCAUUGAUGAGGCCACCAAGCAAGGGUUUAGGACCUCCUGGCUCAUUGUCAAGCACGGCCGCUUCCAGGGACAAAGGGUCUCGCUGUGGGAUCUGCUCAACUCAGAGUACUUCACUGAGGGAAAGAGGAGGGAGAUAUUCAACCACUACCGCCUGCAGAAGCUCAGCCUCAAGCAAAUCCACCGCCUUCUUGAGGAGGAGAUGAAGAAAUGGGCCCGCAUCAAGUUCCCAGCCAUAAGGGGCCAGGUCACGGCCUACCAUCUGGUGGAGACGGGCAUCAUUGACAAGGCCCUCUUCGAACAACUGCUGGACGGGGCCGUGAGCCCCGAGGAGGUGCUGCGCAUGGAGUCCGUCAGGAAGUACCUCUACGGCACCGGCAGCAUCGGGGGAAUUGUGCUGCAGCCUUCCAACGAAAGGUUGAGCCUCUAUGAAGCUAUCCAGAGGAACAUUGUCUUGCCGGGGGUGGCGCUGCCCUUGCUCGAGGCGCAGGCGGCCACUGGCUUCAUCAUUGACCCCGUGAGCAAUCAGAAGCUCCGCCUGGACGACGCCGUGAAGGCAGGCCUUGUUGGCCCUGAACUUUAUGAGAAGCUGCAACGUGCAGAAGAAGCCGUCACCGGCUACAAGGACCCUUUCACCGGCAAAAGGAUUUCCCUCUUCCAAGCCAUGCAGAAGGGCCUUGUGGCCGACAAACAGGCCAUUCAACUGAUGGACGCCCAGAUGUCUACAGGCGGUGUCAUUGACCCCCACAGUGGCCACUAUGUCCCAGUAGAGUUUGCCCAGAAGAAAGGUUACGUGGAUGAGGGCCUCUGCAAAGCACUGUCUGACCCAAGCAGUGACACCAAAUUGUUCAGCUCUCUUGACAAGAAAGAAAGUGUCUCCUAUGGCCAGCUGAUGGACCAGUGCCAGAAGGAUGAUGUCUCAGGCAUUCACCUGUUGCCUCUGUCGCAGGAAGCUUCUCCCGUCUACUCCGAGGAGCAGAUCGAGCGGCUCUUCAGGGCCACCCUCGUGGAAGGCAGGGGCCUCUCCCUCUGGGAGCUCCUUCACUCCGGCUAUUUCACCGAGGAGCAGAGAAGAGAACUAUUUGAGAAGUACACAUCUGAGGAGGUUUCUCUCCAGCAGCUCGUCUCUCUCGUCCGGGAACACAUCCGGGAAAUGGAAAUGAAGGCUCGAACGCAGGUCACUUUCCAAGGUCUGCGGGGUGCCGUGCCUGCGGUCUGGCUGCUUGACACUGGCAUCAUUUCAGAGAAGACCUUUGCCGAGCUGGCUCAGGGGAGGACCACGGCCAGAGAGGUCUCCGAGAUGGAGAGCGUGAGGAAGUACCUGCGAGGGACGGGGGCCAUCGCUGGGGUUCUUCUUCAGUCCUCCGGAGAGAAGAUGGGCAUCUACCAAGCCAUGCAGAAGAGCCUCCUCCUGCCAGGCACGGGGGCCAGGCUGCUGGAGGCGCAGGCAGCCACAGGCUCCAUCACAGACCCAGCCGGGAACCGGAGGCUGGACGUUGCGGAGGCCGUCCGGGCUGGCCUUGUGGGCCAAGAACUGGUGGAGCGGCUGUCACAGGCUGAGAGAGCGCUGGUGGGCUACCCCGACCCCUACUCGGGAAAGCCAAUCUCUGUGUGCCAAGCCAUCAGGAAGGAACUGAUUGCUGCCACCGCUGGCAUCCCCUUGCUUGAGGCUCAGCUGGCGGCAGGAGGAGUGAUCGAUCCCAUUCACGGCCUUCACCUUCCCCUCCCCGCUGCCUACAAACAUGGCUUCUAUGACGAAGACAUGCACAAGGUCCUUUCUCAGCACGGCGAGGACACGUGUGUCUUCUUUGACCCAAACACGCAGGAGAGCCUGACCUAUCAGCAGCUGAAGGACCGGUGCACCCGGGAUGCUGAGACGGGGCUCUUGCUACUCCCCCUCUCUGACGAGGCCGCUUUCUAUGGGGACAGGCAUGCCAUGGAGGUCCUGAAAUCUCUCAGGGUCGGGGUCAACAUUGGGCGGUACAAAGGUCAAGAGGUUUCUCUGUGGGACUUGCUCAACUCUGAGUACAUCGACGAUGCCAAGCGGAGAGAGCUGGUGCUGACCUUCAAGGAGGAGAACGCUGAGGCGCUUCAGGAGAUAGCAACGGCCAUUACCAAGAUCAUUGCAGAGACGGAGCGUCAGGGCAAGCGGUUCGCCUUCCAGGGUCUGCGCAAGAAGGUCUCCGCCAGCGACCUCUUCCAGUCGCAGCUCAUAGACAAGGGGACUCUGGACGAACUGAGCCAGGGAAAGAAAACGGUCCAGGAAGUCACCGAGAUGGACUCUGUCCGGCAGUACCUGGAGGGAGGGAACUUCAUCGCCGGAGUCCUUCUUCAGCCCAGCCAGGAAAGGAUGAGCAUCUGCCGGGCCAUGAGGCAGGGUCUGCUCCGGCCAGGAGCCGCUCUGGUGCUGCUGGAGGCCCAAGCGGCCACGGGGUUCCUCCUUGACCCUGUGAAGAACAAGAAGCUGUCGGUCGACGAGGCCCUGUCUUCAGGGCUGAUUGGAAGAGAGGUCUAUGAAAAGCUGCUGAGCGCAGAGAAGGCAGUGACGGGGUACACAGACCCCUACACCAAGGAGAGGAUUUCCCUCUUUGAGGCCAUGAACCAGGAGCUGAUUGUGAGAAGCCACGGCAUACGCCUGCUUGAGGCCCAGAUUGCCACCGGGGGCAUCAUUGAUCCCGUCCACAGCCACCGCAUCCCCGUGGAAGUGGCCUACAGGCGAGGCUACUUUGACGAAGAACUCAACCGAAUCCUCUUAGAUCCCACAGACGACACAAAGGGCUUUUUUGAUCCCAACACACACGAGAACCUCACUUACCUGCAGCUGCUGGAACGAUGCGUCAAAGACCCAGAGACAGGGCUAUAUAUGCUGCAAGUAGUCCGAAGAGGCGGAAGAUACUUCUACAUUGAUGAGGCCACCAAACAGUUUCUGAAAUCACAGCCUAUGGAGAUGCACCUGGGCAGGUACAAAGGCCAGGCUGUCUCCAUGUGGGACCUCCUGUGCUCUCCAUACAUCCAUGAGGAGAAAAGGAAAGAGUUGGUGAGUCAGUAUAAGGAUAAGAGACUGACCCUAGAACAGCUUGGGAAUGCAAUUACUGCUGUUGUUAAGGAAACAGAGAGGAAAGCUCAGGCUUUUUGCCUGGAAGGACUCAGGCAGGAGGUGUCGGCUGCAGAUCUGUUCAAUGCUGAGAUCAUUGACAAGAAAACUCUGGACGGUCUUAAUCGGAGCAGCUUCCAACAACUUGCCCAGAAGGACUAUGUGAAACGUUUCCUGGAGGGAACUGGCUGCAUUGCUGGCGUCUUAGUGGGAACCAGCAGGCAGAAGAUGAGCAUCUAUGAAGCCAUGAAGAGGGGACUUCUCUCACCAGAAAACGCUCUGAUGCUCUUGGAAGCCCAGGCAGCCACUGGAUUCAUUGUUGACCCGGUGAAGAAGAAAUCCUUGUCUGUGGAGCAGGCCAUCUCUGCAGGGCUGGUGGGCAAGGAGGUCCACCAGCAGCUUCUUCUGGCAGAGAGGGCUGUCACUGGCUAUCCGGACCCUUCCAUGGGGGAGAAAGCAUCUCUCUACCAGGCCAUGAAGAGAAACCUUGUUGACAGAGGCCUUGCUCUCAGGCUCCUGGAGGCCCAGAUGGCCACGGGUGGCAUCGUUGACCCCUUCCACAGCCACCGCAUCCCAGUGGAGGUGGCCUACAAGCGGGGCCAUUUGGAUGACAACACCUUCCUCUUGCUUUCUGAUGCAGAGCAUGCUGCCAAAGGCUUUGUGGACCCCAAUACUCAGGAGAAGAUCUCCUACACACAACUGCUUCCCAGGUGUGUCCGAGACCCAGAGACAGGCAUGUACCUCCUCCAGCUGCUGGACAAGAAGGAAUAUUUCUAUGUGGAUGAGGUUACGAAAAACAUUCUCUCGUCCACCAAAGUCAACGUAACCCUUGGGAAAUACAAAGGUCAGAGCGUCUCUCUGUGGGAGCUUCUUUCCUCAGACUACGUUAACGAAGAGAAGAGGAAGGAGCUGAUCAAAAAGUACAAGUCCGAGUCCUCGGCCAUUCUGCAACACAUUGUGAAUGAGAUCAUGAACAUAAUAAAAGAAAAAGAAGCAAACAGAAGAGACAUCUGGUUCCAAGGGCUACGGAAACAAGUCACGGCUUCAGAAUUAUUGAAGGCCGACAUCAUUGGGGUGGACACCAUGAAGAACCUGGAAGAAGGGAAGCAGUCGGCGCAAGAUGUGGCCAAGAUAGAGUCCGUGAAGCAAUACUUGGAAGGCACAGGUUGCAUUGCCGGCGUGCUGGUCCCGUCCAGGGCUGACCCCUCCAAGGUGGAGAAGAUGGCCAUUUAUCAGGCCAUGUGGAAGGGCCUCCUGAGGCCGGGCACGGCGCUGGUCCUGCUGGAGGCCCAGGCCGCCACCGGGUUCAUCACUGACCCACUGACGAACAGGAAGCUCUCUGUGGAGGAAGCUGAUGCUGCAGGGCUGGUGGGGCCAGAGAUCCUCCACAAGCUCCUGGCUGCAGAGAAAGCCGUCACGGGCUACACAGAUCCAAACACUGGGAAGAAGAUCUCCCUCUUUCAGGCCUUGAAAAAAGAGCUCAUCCUCAAAGAACACGGCAUACGCUUACUGGAGGCCCAGAUUGCUACUGGGGGCAUCAUUGACCCAGUCAACAGCCACCGUGUCCCUGUCGAGGUGGCCUACAAACGGGGCUACUUUGAUGAGGAAAUGAACCAGAUCCUCUUGGACCCCAACGAGGAUACCAAGGGCUUCUUUGAUCCCAACACGCAUGAGAACCUGACAUACAAGCAACUGCUCAAGAGAUGUAUUCUUGACCCAGACACUGGACUGAGGAUGCUUCAAGUCCAACCCGAUGCUUCCAGCGCCUUCUAUUUGGAUGAACAUGUGAAGAAGACUUUGAAGUCAACAACCACCAGAGUUAGUGAGGGCUGCUUCCAAGGACAGGAGACUUCUGUUUGGGACCUUCUCUUCUCCGGAUACGUCACUGACAGGAAAAGGGAAGAAAUACUCACAGAGUUCAGAGCUGGAACACUCACUAUUCAUGAAAUUAUAACUAUUCUCGUAUCCACCAUCAAAGAGAAGGAAAAUAAGGAAAACGUAUUGAAAACUACAAAAAUGGCUAGAAACCUAGAAAGUGCUGACAGAAAACAGCCAACUUUGUGGGAGGUUCUCUUUUCUGGGAAUAUCUCAGAAUUUAGACGGGAGGAGCUUCUGAACCAGUUCCGAAACGGCAGCCUGACCCUGGAGGAGCUGACCAAUGUCCUUCAUGCACUCCUGACCGAGGCUAAGGCUGGAAAGACGAAGGACCCCAUAGCAUCAGAAACAUCCAGGCAUACGGCUCACCGUGAUGAUGAUGAUGAUGACCUUGACCAAAAAGAGGGAGAGGAUGAUGAUAAAGAGAGUGUGGUGCUUGGAGAAAAAGAGAAGGCUCUGAAGUCUCGUCUGGUUGAAGUAGCAGCUGGGGAGUUCCAUGGUCAGAAGGUUUCUAUUUGGCAGAUUCUCCACUCCAAGUACAUCCCUGAAGAGAAGCGGAAAGAGCUCUUGAGAUACUAUAAAUUCGGCGUCCUCACCAUUGAGCAAAUGGAAACUAUAGUCACUGCCAUUGUGAACCGAACAGAAGAAGAGAAGAGAAAGAAAGAAUCGGGUGCAGGACACGGUCAUGAGGACCACUGGGAAGACGCUUUGAGGAAUCACACCGUUGUCCUGCAUGUUGGAGAGUUCCAGGGUCAGGAGAUCACCCUUUGGGAUCUCUUGUUUUCACAGUAUGUUCCAGAACCUCAAAGGGAGGAACUCUUGAUGAAAUACCAUUAUGGACUCCUGAGUAUUGAAGAGAUGAUUGUCCUUUUGGCCCCACUGCUCACACAGAAGGAGUCAUGUGAGGUUAAAGAAGCCAAUUAUGGUGGCAGUCCAGCAAGAGGGAGGUCUCAUCCUCAGGAAAGCAGAGCUCCACGUUCCACACAAGAUGUUGACCUCAAAAGCGCCUUGUGUCUGGUGAGCAUGGAAGUGCCGGUGGGCGAGUUCCAAGGGAGCAGGCGCUCCAUGUGGGAGCUCCUUUUCUCCAAAUAUGUGACUGAGAAGAAACGACAAGCACUCCUGGAGAACUAUGAAGCAGGAUUGAUGAGUUCUGAGGAACUUGUCAGAAUCAUCAAAAGUUUGAUUGAGGAGAUGGAGAAGAAGAGCAACCAGCUGAAGUUCUCCGGGCUGCGGAGGCAAGUGUCGGCCUCAGAACUCUUCGACUCCCAGAUCAUUGACCAGGAUACCCUGUCUGAGCUCUCCCAGGGCACCAAGACCGUGGAAGACAUCACCAACAUGGAUUCGGUCAAACGAUACCUGGAAGGCAGAAGCUGCAUCGCUGGGGUACUCGUCCCAUCCAGGUCUGACCCCUCCAAGAUGGAGAAGGUGACCAUCUACCAGGCCAUGUGGAAGAACAUUCUGAGGCCGGGCACUGCCCUGGUGCUACUGGAGGCCCAGGCCGCCACCGGGUUCAUCACUGACCCUCUACAGAACAGAAAACUCUCAGUUGAAGAAGCUGUCUCUGCCGAGCUGGUGGGCGCAGAGUUGCGGGAGAAGCUCCUCUCCGCAGAGAGGGCCGUGACCGGCUACAAAGACCCCUACACAGGCAACAAGAUCUCCCUUUUCCAGGCCAUGAAGAAGGGCCUCAUUAUCAAAGACCACGGCAUCCGCCUUCUGGAGGCCCAGAUUGCCACCGGGGGCAUCAUUGACCCUGUGCAAAGCCACCGCCUCCCUGUGGAGGUGGCCUACCAGCGGGGCUACUUUGACGAGGAGAUGAACCGGAUCCUCUCGGACCCUACCGAUGACACCAAGGGCUUCUUUGACCCCAACACUCAGGAAAACUUGACGUACAUGCAGCUCCUGCAGCGCUGUCUCCCCGAUCCCGAGACGGGCCUGCUGAUGCUUCACGUGAUGGACAAGUCCGCCUUCUCCUUCCAUCUCACAGAGAAAACGAGGAGGUCCUUGCAGACUGCCAAGACCAGAGUGGAUGUGGAGCUCUUCCAGGGGCAGGAGGUCUCUGUCUGGGAUCUCCUCUUCUCCAGAUACAUUCCUCCCCAGAAGAGGCAGGAGUUGCUCAGCCAGUACAAGCAAGGAACCAUUGCCUUGGAAGACCUGACCCAGAUCCUCACUACCAUUGUCACCGAGACGGAGGAGAAGCGCAUCGAGUUAGCCAGGCAGCAGCAAGCUCCCAGCACAUCAGAUGUAACAUCCCCAAAAGACAGGGAUGUUGAAGGGAACUGGCAGAAGACCUUGCAGUCCACUACUAUCGAAAUGCCUGCUGGAGAGAACCAGGGUCAGGUGGUUGCUGUGUGGGACCUGCUCUUCUCCAAGUACCUAUCAGAAGAAAAGAGGACAGAGUUACUGGAUUUGUCCCAAAGGGGGUUGAUACCUGUAGACCAGCUGGUGAACAUCCUCAUUGCCCUGGUCAAGAAGGGAGAAGCCACAAGACGGAAAUUUGAUAUAAAAGUCUUGGGUCCAGGCAGAGGUGCAGAUCAUGAUGAUGGUGAUGAGGAUGACGACGACGACCUUGACAAAGAGGAGGGAGAAGAUGAGGAUGAGGAUACUGUGAUGCUGAGAGAGAAAGAGAAGAUCCUGAAGUCUCGGCUGGUUGAAGUAAAGGCUGGGGAAUUCCACGGACGGAAGGUUUCUGUUUGGCAGAUUCUCCACUCCAAGUACAUCCCUGAAGAGAAGCGGAAAGAGCUCUUGAGAUACUAUAAAUCCGGCAUCCUCACCAUUGAGCAAAUGGAAACUAUAGUCACUGCCAUUGUGAACCGAACAGAAGAAGAGAAGAAAAAGAAAGACUCGGGUGCAGGACUCGGUCAUGAGGACCACUGGGAAGACACUUUGAGGAAUCACACAGUUGUCCUGCAUGUUGGAGAGCUCCAGGAAAAGGAGGUCUCCCUCUGGGACCUCUUGUUUUCACAGUAUGUUCCAGAACCUCAAAGGGAGGAACUCUUAAUGAAAUACCAUUAUGGACUUCUGAGCAUUGAAGAGAUUAUUGUUCUUUUGGCCCCGCUGCUCACACAGAAGAAGUCAGGUGAUAUUAAUGAAGCUGAAGAUGGUGGCGGUCCAACAAGAGGGAGGUCUCAUCCUCAGGAAGGCAGAGCUCCACGUUCCACACAAGAUGUUGACCUCAAAAGCGCCUUGUGUCUGGUGAGCAUGGAAGUGCCGGUGGGCGAGUUCCAAGGGAGCAGGCGCUCCAUGUGGGAGCUCCUUUUCUCCAAAUAUGUGACCGAGAAGAAACGGCAAGCGCUCCUGGAGAACUAUGAAGCAGGAUUGAUGAGUUCUGAGGAACUUGUCAGAAUCAUCAAAAGUUUGAUUGAGGAGAUGGAGAAGAAGAGCAACCAGCUGAAGUUCUCAGGGCUGCGGAGGCAAGUGUCAGCCUCAGAACUCUUCGACUCCCAGAUCAUUGACCAGGAUACCCUGUCUGAGCUCUCCCAGGGCACCAAGACCGUGGAAGACAUCACCAACAUGGAUUCGGUCAAACGAUACCUGGAAGGCAGAAGCUGCAUCGCUGGGGUGCUCAUCCCAUCCAGGUCUGACCCCUCCAAGAUGGAGAAGGUGACCAUCUACCAGGCCAUGUGGAAGAACAUUCUGAGGCCGGGCACUGCCCUGGUGCUACUGGAGGCCCAGGCCGCCACCGGGUUCAUCACUGACCCUCUACAGAACAGAAAACUCUCCGUUGAAGAAGCUGUCUCUGCCGAGCUGGUGGGCGCAGAGUUGCGGGAGAAGCUCCUCUCCGCAGAGAGGGCCGUGACCGGCUACAAAGACCCCUACACAGGCAACAAGAUCUCCCUUUUCCAGGCCAUGAAGAAGGGCCUCAUUAUCAAAGACCACGGCAUCCGCCUUCUGGAGGCCCAGAUUGCCACCGGGGGCAUCAUUGACCCUGUGCAAAGCCACCGCCUCCCUGUGGAGGUGGCCUACCAGCGGGGCUACUUUGACGAGGAGAUGAACCGGAUCCUCUCGGACCCUACCGAUGACACCAAGGGCUUCUUUGACCCCAACACUCAGGAAAACUUGACGUACAUGCAGCUCCUGCAGCGCUGUCUCCCCGAUCCCGAGACGGGCCUGCUGAUGCUUCACGUGAUGGACAAGUCCGCCUUCUCCUUCCAUCUCACAGAGAAAACGAGGAGGUCCUUGCAGACUGCCAAGACCAGAGUGGAUGUGGAGCUCUUCCAGGGGCAGGAGGUCUCUGUCUGGGAUCUCCUCUUCUCCAGAUACAUUCCUCCCCAGAAGAGGCAGGAGUUGCUCAGCCAGUACAAGCAAGGAACCAUUGCCUUGGAAGACCUGACCCAGAUCCUCACUACCAUUGUCACCGAGACGGAGGAGAAGCGCAUCGAGUUAGCCAGGCAGCAGCAAGUUCCAAGCACGCUGGAUGUAACAUCCCCGAAAGACGAUACACGGGUCGAAGAGAACUGGCAGAAGAUCUUGCAGUCCGCCACUAUCGAAAUGCCUGCUGGAGAGAACCAGGGUCAGGUGGUUGCUGUGUGGGACCUGCUCUUCUCCAACUACCUAUCAGAAGAAAAGAGGACAGAGUUACUGGAUUUGUUCCAAAGAGGGUUGAUACCUGUAGACCAGCUGGUGAACAUCCUCAUUGCCCUGGUCAAGAAAAAAGAAGCCACAAGAAGGAAAUUUGAUAUUAAAGUCUUGGGUCCAGGCAGAGGUGCGGAACACGGUGAUGAUGACGACGAUGACGACCUUGACAAAGAGGAGGGAGAAGAUGACCUUGAGGAUACUGCGGUGCUGGGAGAGAAAGAGAAGGCCCUGAAAUCUCGGCUGGUUGAGGUAGCGGCUGGGGAAUUCCACGGACGGAAGGUUUCCGUUUGGGAGAUUCUCCACUCCAAGUACAUCCCCGAAGAGAAGCGGAAAGAGCUCUUGAGAUACUAUAAAUCUGGCAUUCUCACAAUUGACCAAAUGGAAACUAUAGUCACUGCUAUUGUUAACCGAACAGAGAAAGAGGGGAAGAGAAAGGAAGAAUCGGGUGCUGAUCACGGUGGUGAAGAUGAUGAUGACCUUGACAAAGAGGAGGGAGAAGAUGACGAUGAGGAUACUGUGAUGCUGGGAGAGAAAGAGAAACUCCUGAAGUCUCGUCUGGUUGAAGUAGCGGCUGGGGAAUUCCACGGACGGAAGGUUUCCAUUUGGGAGAUUCUCCACUCCAAGUACAUUCCUGAGGAGAAGCUGAAAGAGCUCUUGAGAUACUAUAAAUCCGGCAUUCUCACCAUUGACCAAAUGGAAACUAUAGUCACUUCUAUUGUUAACCGAACAGAGAAAGAGGGGAAGAGAAAGGAAGUAUCGGGUCCUGAUCACGGUGGUGAGGAUGAUGACGACGACCUUGACAAAGAGGAAGGAGAAGAUGACAAUGAGGAUCCUGUGGAGCUGGGAGAGAAAGAGAAGACCCUGAAGUCCCGUCUGGUUACAGUAGCAGCUGGGGAGUUCCAUGGACAGAAGGUUUCCAUCUGGGAGGUCCUCCACUCGAAGUACAUCCCUGAGGAGAAGCGGAAGGAACUCUUGAAACUCUACAAAUCUGGCAUUCUCAGCACUGACCAAAUGGAAACUGUAGUCACCUCCAUCGUCAACAGAACAGAGGAGGAGAAGAGAAAAGAAGAGUCAGGUUCAACCCAGAGUCAUGAGAGCCAAUGGGAAGACACUUUGCAGAACCACACCGUUGUCCUCCACGUUGGAGAGUUCCAGGGCCAGGAGGUCUCCCUCAGGGAUCUCCUCUUCUCCCAAUACAUUUCUGAUGGAAAAAGAGAGGAACUUCUAGGCAUAUAUAGAGCUUGUCAGUUAACUCCAGAGGAACUCACUGCAGUCCUAUCUGCCCUAAUUACUCAAGUGGUAGGUGAAAGGAAAGAAUGUUCAGCACCAGGCUCAAUGCCUCCUGGUAUCAUGUCAUCUGGAAAGAAUGAGGAUGGCAACAGUACUGAAUUUGGGGGAAAAGAGCAAGCAUUGAAGUCUCGGAUGAUAGAAGUAACAACUGGGGACCUCCAUGGACAGAAGGUCUCAAUCUGGGAAAUUCUCCACUCUAAGUACAUCCCUGAGGAGAAGCAGAAGGAGCUCUUACAACUCUAUAAAUCUGGCAUCCUCACCAUUGACCAGGUGGAAAGUGUAGUCACUGCAGUUGUCAACAGAACAGAAGAGAAGGAACACAUUUCUCAUCCUAGAGAUCACUCAGCUAGUCCAGGAGAAGCUCCAAUCCCAGAGUCUACAUACUAUGACUUUGUCCAUCACACUUUGAGACAGGAAAAUGUCGAUGUAACCAUCCGUGAAAUCCAAGACGAGAGGUCUUCUCUCUGGGAUCCUUACUUUUCACAGUGUGUCUCUAAUUUCAAGAAGGAGGAAGUUUUGCACCGACACGGAUCACCAACAGUGAGUGUGAAGGAAUGCGUUAAAAGCAUUACAACUCUUAUGACAGACACUGAAGACCAAGCCACCAGGCCAGAAAGAAAUGAAUUUACUGUUAUGGAAACCCAAAUGGCACCACAAACAGCCAGAGCAUCUGAGACAGAACACCAAGAUGGAACAGAGCUUACCCUGAAAUCGAGGCUGAUCCACCUGCCUACAGACAGCUUCUGCAAGGAAGGCGUUUCAUUGUGGGAUGGACUCCAUUCUGAUCAUAUUCCAGAGGAGAAGAAAAAGAAGCUCUUGCAGCUCUACAACUUAGGCAUUCUCACCAUCGACCAAAUGGAAACUGCAGUCACUGCCCUAGUCAACCGAACAGAAGGGGAGGAGACGGAAGAAGAAUCCCAUGCACUUGAGGACCACUGGAGAGAUACUUUGCAGAAUCACACUGUGGUCCUGAAUGUUGGUAGAUUCCAGAACCAUGAAGUCUCUCUCUGGGAUCUCCUUCACUCCCAGGACAUUCCUCAGGAAAAGCGGGAAGGGCUCCUGAACCAAUUCCGAAAGGGCAGCCUGACGUUGGAGGAGCUCAGCAACAUCCUCAGUAGCCUCCUUGCAGAAGCCAAAGCUGGAAAGGUGGAGCAACCUUCAGCAUCUGAAGUGUCCAGACUUUUGGAUGAUGAUGAUGAUGAUGAUGCCAUUGACAAAGAGGAGGGAGAGGAGGACAACAAGGAUACUGUUGUGCUUGGAGAGAAAAGGAAGGCCCUGAAAUCCCGUCUGGUGACAGUAGCAGCUGGGGAGUUCUACGGAAAGAAGGUUUCCAUCUGGGAGGUUCUCCACUCCAAGUACAUCCCUAAAGAGAAGCGGAAGGAGCUCUUGACACUCUACAAAUUUGGCAUCCUCAGCACUGACCAAAUGAAAACCGUAGUCACUGCCAUAGUUAACCGAACGGAGGCGGAGAAGAGAAAGGAAGAGUCGGGUGCUGGGCAUGGUCAUGAGAGCCACUGGGAAGACACUUUGCGGAAUCACACUGUUGUCCUGCAUGUUGGUGACUUCCAGGGUCAGGAGAUGCCCCUCUGGAAUCUCCUCUUCUCCCAGUACAUCCCAGAGGAGAAGCGAGAAGAGCUUCUGAGACAACACCGAAACGGCAGCUUGAAUCCUGAGGAACUCGCCAAUAUCCUCAGUGGCCUCCUUGCAGAGGCAAAGGUUGAAGAGGGGAAGCACCAUACAACACCAGAGACAACCAGAGAUACGGAUGAUGGGGAUGAUGAUGAUGAUGAUGCACUUGGCAAAGAGGAGGGAGAGGAAGAGGAGGAUCCUGUGGAGCUUGGAGAGAAAGAGAAGGCCCUGAAGUCCCGUCUGGUUACAGUAGCCGCCGGGGAGUUCCAUGGACAGAAGGUUUCCAUCUGGGAGGUUCUCCACUCCAAGUACAUACCUGAAGAGAAGCAGAAGGAGCUCUUGAAACUCUACAAAUCUGGCAUCCUCAGCACUGACCAAAUGGAAACCGUGGUCACUUCCAUCGUCAACAGAACAGAGGAGGAGAAGAGAAAAGAAGAACCAGGAGCUGCCCACAGUCAUGAGGACCAAUGGGAAGACGCUUUGCGGAAUCACACUGUUAUCCUGAAUGUCGGUGAGUUCCAGGGUCAGGAAAUGCCCCUCCGGAAUCUCCUCUUCUCUCAAUACAUCCCAGAGGUGAAGCGAGAAGAGCUUCUGAGACAACACCAAAACGGCAACCUGAGUCUCGAGGAACUCGCCAAUAUCCUCAGUAGCUUCCUUGCAGAGACAAAAGUUGAAGAGAGGAAGCACCAUACAACACCAGAGACAACCAGAGAUACUGAUGAUGGGGAUGAUGAUGAUGAUGCACUUGGCAAAGAGGAGGGAGAGGAAGAGGAGGAUCCCGUGGAGCUGGGAGAGAAAGAGAAGGCCCUGAAGUCCCGUCUGGUUACAGUAGCCGCCGGGGAGUUCCACGGACAGAAGGUUUCCAUCUGGGAGGUUCUCCACUCCAAGUACAUCCCUGAGGAGAAGCAGAAGGAGCUCUUGAAACUCUACAAAUCUGGCAUCCUCAGRACUGACCAAAUGGAAACUGUGGUCACUUCCAUCGUCAACAGAACAGAGGAGGAGAAGAGAAAAGAAGACUCGGGUGCUGGGCACGGUCAUGAGGACCAAUGGGAAGACGCAUUGCGGAAUCACACUGUUAUCCUGAAUGUCGGUGAGUUCCAGGGUCAGGAGAUGCCCCUCUGGAAUCUCCUAUUCUCCCAGUACAUCCCAGAGGAGAAGCGAGAAGAGCUUCUGAGACAACACCGAAACGGCAGCUUGAAUCCUGAGGAACUCGCCAAUAUCCUCAGUGGCCUCCUUGCAGAGGCAAAAGUUGAAGAGGGGAAGCACCAUACAACACCAGAGACAAGCAUUGAUACUCAUGAUGGGGAUAAUGAUGAUGAUGAUGCACUUGGCCAAGAGGAGGGAGAGGAUGAGGAGGAUCCUGUGGAGCUCGGAGAGAAAGAGAAGGCCUUGAAGUCCCGUCUGGUUACAGUAGCAGCUGGGAAGUUCCACGGACAGAAGGUUUCCAUCUGGGAGGUUCUCCACUCCUCGUACAUCCCUGAGGAGAAGCAGAAGGAGCUCUUGAAACUCUACAAAUCUGGCAUCCUCAGCACUGACCAAAUGGAAACCGUAGUCACUUCCAUCGUCAACAGAACAGAGGAGGAGAAGAGAAAAGAAGAACCAGGAGCUGCCCACAGUCAUGAGGACCAGUGGGAAGACGCUUUGCGGAAUCACACUGUUAUACUGAAUGUUGGUGAGUUCCAGGGUCAGGAAAUGCCCCUCCGGAAUCUCCUCUUCUCUCAAUACAUCCCACAGGAGAAGCGAGAAGAGCUUUUGAGACAACACCAAAACGGCAACCUGAGUCUCGAGGAACUCGCCAAUAUCCUCAGUAGCUUCCUUGCAGAGACAAAAGUUGAAGAGAGGAAGCACCAUACAACACCAGAGACAACCAGAGAUACUGAUGAUGGGGAUGAUGAUGAUGAUGCACUUGGCAAAGAGGAGGGAGAGGAAGAGGAGGAUCCCGUGGAGCUGGGAGAGAAAGAGAAGGCCCUGAAGUCCCGUCUGGUUACAGUAGCCGCCGGGGAGUUCCACGGACAGAAGGUUUCCAUCUGGGAGGUUCUCCACUCCAAGUACAUCCCUGAGGAGAAGCAGAAGGAGCUCUUGAAACUCUACAAAUCUGGCAUCCUCAGUACUGACCAAAUGGAAACUGUGGUCACUUCCAUCGUCAACAGAACAGAGGAGGAGAAGAGAAAAGAAGACUCGGGUGCUGGGCACGGUCAUGAGGACCAAUGGGAAGACGCAUUGCGGAAUCACACUGUUAUCCUGAAUGUCGGUGAGUUUCAGGGUCAGGAGAUGCCCCUCUGGAAUCUCCUCUUCUCCCAGUACAUCCCAGAGGAGAAGCGAGAAGAGCUUUUGAGACAACACCGAAACGGCAACCUGAAUCCAGAGGAACUCACCAAUAUUGUCAAUGGCCUCCUUGCAGAGCCUACAGUCGGAGAGAAGAAGCACCACAUGACACCUGACACAACCAGAGACACUGAUGAAGUGGAUAAUGACAAAGAGGCACUUGACAAAGAGGAGGGAGAGGACGAGGAGGAUCCUGUGGAGCUGGGAGAGAAAGAGGAGGCCCUGAAGUCCCAUCUGGUUACAGUGGCGGCUGGGGAGUUCCAUGGACAGAAGGUUUCCAUCUGGGAGGUCCUCCACUCAAAGUACAUCCCUGAGGAGAAACAGAAGGAGCUCUUGAAACUCUACAAAUCUGGCAUCCUCAGUAUUCACCAAAUGGAAACCGUAGUCACCUCCAUCGUCAACAGAACAGAGGAGGAAAAGAGAAAAGAAGAGUCGGCUGCCACCCACAGUCAUGAGGACCAAUGGGAAGACACUUUGCGGAAUCACACAGUUAUCCUGAAUGUUGGUGAGUUCCAGGACCAGGAGAUGCCCCUCUGGAAUCUUCUCUUCUCCCUGUACAUCCCUGAGGAGAAGCGAGAAGAACUUCUGAGACAACACCGAAACGGCAACCUGAAUCCAGAGGAACUCACCAAUAUUGUCAGUGGCCUCAUUGCAGAGUCUACAGUCGGAGAAGAGAAGCACCACACGACACCUGACACAACCAGAGACACUGAUGAUGUGGAUAAUGACAAUGAGGCACUUGGCAAAGAUGAGUUAGAGGACGAGGAGGAUCCUGUGGAGCUGGGAGAGAAAGAGAAGGCCCUGAAGUCCCGCCUGGUUACAGUGGCGGCUGGGGAGUUCCAUGGACAGAAGGUUUCCAUCUGGGAGGUCCUCCACUCCAAGUACAUCCCUGAGGAGAAACAGAAGGAACUCUUGAAACUCUACAAAUCUGGCAUCCUCAGUAUUGACCAAAUGGAAACCGUAGUCACCUCCAUCGUCAACAGAACAGAGGAGGAAAAGAGAAAAGAAGACUCGGGUGCCCCCCACAGUCAUGAGGACCAAUGGGAAGACACUUUGCGGAAUCACACAGUUAUCCUGAAUGUUGGUGAGUUCCAGGGCCAGGAGAUGCCCCUCUGGAAUCUUCUCUUCUCCCAGUACAUCCCUGAGGAGAAGCGAGAAGAACUUCUGAGACAACACCGAAACGGCAACCUGAAUCCAGAGGAACUCACCAAUAUUGUCAGUGGCCUCCUUGCAGAGUCUACAGUCGGAGAAGAGAAGCACCACACGACACCUGACACAACCAGAGACACUGAUGAUGUGGAUAAUGACAAUGAGGCACUUGGCAAAGAUGAGUUAGAGGACGAGGAGGAUCCUGUGGAGCUGGGAGAGAAAGAGGAGGCCCUGAAGUCCCGUCUGGUUACAGUGGCGGCUGGGGAGUUCCACGGACAGAAGGUUUCCAUCUGGGAGGUCCUCCACUCCAAGUACAUCCCUGAGGAGAAGCGGAAGGAGCUCUUGAAACUCUACAAAUCUGGCAUCCUCGGCAUUGACCAAAUGGAAACCGUAGUCACCUCCAUCGUCAACAGAACAGAGGAGGAGAGUUCCAGCAAAGCUAUUUGUUGUAGCAGCCCCAGAGAGGAGGCAAGAUCAUUGGACACAAUUCAGAAUAUUUCCUCACCUGAGUCUUCCUCUUUGGAAGAUGCACUGCGGUCAGAGAGCUUCGUGGUGCCCAUUGGUGAGUUUGAGGGGCAACAGAUGUCUUGCUGGGACGUCCUCUCUUCCAAAUACAUCUCAGAAGAAAAGAAGCAGGAACUUCUCAGCAGACUCAGAGGAGAAGACCUCCAUGUUCCAGAUCUGGUCAACCUCCUCACCAACGUCAUCAUAGAAACUGAAAGGACAAAGGCAGAGGAGCCUGGCAGUGCUGCCGAGGGGGGCUUGGUGGAGGAAAGUGGAGACGGGGAGGCCCAGGAGGAGCUGAGGGCCCGGCAGCAGCAGCUGAAGAGGUCCCUGCGGACCACCUUGGUCCCCAUGUCAGUGGGUGAGUUCAAGGGCCAGAGGGUGUGUGUGCUGGACCUCCUGUUCUCCAAAUAUGUCCCGCAGGACAAGCGGCAAGAGCUACUUGAGGAGUACAGAGCGGGGACGCUGGCCCUCCACGAGAUGGUCUCCACGAUCACCGCCAUGAUUGAAGAGGCCGAGAGCAAGCGGGGAAAGCGGGGCGUGAGGAAGAAGAUGUCCUGCAUGAAAGGGAAGCUCUGCUGGUCAGACCGCGGCACCUACCCAGAAACCCCCCGCUGGCUGAGGAGAGUACCCCCCAAAGACCCUCAAGAAGACAACUGCCACCUCCGCGCCAUGCCUCAGGAUAAGCGCGCAUCCGCGCGGGACCCCACAGAGGCUGGGCCCCCAAUUAUGCAGGUGCGGGAGGAGCCCCGCUGGCCGCUGCCCCCACUGGCGGAUCCUGAGAAGGAGCAGGUGAUUGCGGGGGUGCUGAAGGAGCCCGGCCGGGAGCGGCUGAGCAUCCACCAGGCCACGCAACGGGGACUCCUGACCCACGGGACGGGCCUGGCCCUGCUGGAGCAUCAGGCAGCCUCCGGGUACAUCGUGGACAUGGCCAAAGGCCGGCUGCUUUCCGUCCGGGACGCGGCCAACGCUGGUCUCCUGGACCGGGAGCUCUACAACACGCUGCUGGUGGCCGAGAAGGCCGUGACGGGCUACACCGACCCCUACACGGGCUGUAAGCUCUCCCUCUUCCAGGCCAUGCGCAAGGGUCUACUGGUCAAGGAGCACGCCCUCCGGCUGCUGGAGGCCCAGGCGGCCACAGGGGGGCUCAUCCACCCACUGCACAGCCACCGCCUGCCCCCCGAGGUGGCCUAUCGUUGGGGCUACCUGGACGCCGAGACCUUCCGGCUGCUCUCCGACCCGGCCGGCCACACCAAGCGCUGCUUCGACCCCAACGCCCGGGAGAACCUCUCCUACCGGCAGCUGCUCCCGCGGUGCCUUCCGGAUCCCAAGUCAGGCCUCCUGAUACUCCCGGUGGCCGACAAGGGGACCGUCCACCUGGACGAGGGCCAGCGCCGGUGCCUGAAGGCGGCAGUCACGCGAGUCCCUGGGGGGCUCUUCGGGAGCAGCGAGGUUGCCCUGUGGGAUGUGCUCUUCUCCCGCUACAUCCAGCGCCACAAGCGUCAAGAGCUCUUGCGCCAGUACAAGGCUGGGAUGUUGACCCUGCCAGACCUGGCCCAGAUCCUGGCUGCCAUGGUGGCCGAGGCCGAGGCUGGGAACAGGGAGGGCGGACCACCUGCGCCAGAGCGGGAGAAGAGCAAGCCGAGGCGCAAGGGGACAGAGAAGGCCCUGAAGGCCCGGGCGACUACUGUCCCGGCGGGUGAGUUCCACGGGCGGAAGGUCUCCGUGUGGGACCUCCUCCACUCCAAGUAUGUCCCCAAGAGGAAGAGGAAGGAGCUCUUGCAGCUCUACAAAUCCGGCGUCCUCACCGUGGACCAGAUGGAGACCGUGGUCACGGCCAUUGUGGCCAAAAUAGAGGAAGAGAAGGCUGAGGCAGUCAUGGCCGCUGUGGCAGCAAGCACUAGCCGGGAGGCGGGGGUCAGCAUCCUCCCCGGGGAAGACCAGCUGCGGCGGUCCUUGCGGAUGCUGCAGGUCCCAGUGGCCUUUGGGGAGUUUGGCGAGGAGAGCGUUCCGGCCCUUGACCUGCUCUACUCCAAGCAUUUCCCACAGGAGAAGCGGGAAGAGCUGGUGGAGCUGUACAGGACAGGGGUCUUGAGCCACGGUCAGAUGGCGGACGCCAUUCGCACCACAUUAGAGAGGGAGGCCGGGCACAGGAAGUCUUUCCUGAGGAGAAUCAAGAACCGUAGCCAAGCGGCUUCCCGGUCCAGGGAGCUACCCCUUGAGGCCAGCCCUCCUAUUGGUCAUCCUUCGGAUGCGCUGCUGAAGGCCAAGAUCAUCACCCUUCAAGCUGGAGAGCUGCAGGGGCAGCAGAUGUCCCUCUGGGACCUCCUCUUCUCUCAGUAUCUGACCAGGGAGAAGGCGGAAGAGCUGCUCCAGAAGCACCGUGACGGGAAGUUCAGCGCCUCGGAGCUGGCCUCCAUGCUGACCAUCCUGGUGGCACUCCACAACCUCUUCCACUCCCUGGAGCAGACACCCACCGGCCGCAGUGAAGGGCGUCCCACAGCCCAUGAGGCGCCCGGCCCGCUCCCGAAUCCCUCCGUCGAGGAGAAGAAAGAUGAUGACGAUGACGACGACGAUGAUGAUGACGACGAUGAGGAUGACGACGACAAGGAGGAGCAAGAGGAGGAGGACAAGAAAAAGGACGCCGUCUUGAAGGCCAGAAUGGUGCAAAUGGCUGUGGGCGAUUUCCGCGGGCGGAAGGUCUCUGUCUGGGACUUGCUCUACUCCAGGUACUUCCCAGAGAAGAAGAGGAAGGAGGUCUUGAAGCUCUACAGGAUUGGGAUCCUCACGGCCGACCAGGUGGAGACGGUGGCCACAGCAGUUGUGACCAGGGUGGCCGAAGAGGAGGCCAAGGCCGGCCGGAGCCCAUCCGCGGGGAGCCCGGAGGGAGGGGAGGUCCCUGAGGGCACGAGGUGUGGCUCUGUCUGGGAGCUGCUCUUCUCCCCUGAGGUCCCUGAGGCCAAGCGCCAAGACCUCCUGGCCAGGUACGUCACGGGAGCCCUCAGCGGGCCGGAGACCGCCUCCAUCCUGGGCGCCCUUGUCCUGGAGUCCCGCAAGCAGCGCAGCUGCCCCUGCCUCCCACACCUCUUGACCCCCUGGCACCUGGAGGGACCUUCCGGUCUGACCUCUGGGCCCCGGGGGGCCUCCGUGCACGACCUCCUCCUGGCUGCCGAGCAGGAGGCACACAACGCCGCCGCCGGACGGGUGACCCUCAGCGAGAUCACCGUAACCACCACCACUGUGGUCCAGGGGCCGGAGCAGAAGGCGGGCUAGCCUCGUAGUUGUGGUCCCAGCAGAGCCUGCAUUGUGGCCCCCAUUGAAGCCCCCUUCGGAGACGGGGGCGAAGGGGGCCAGGAAGGCUGGAAUGGGGCUGCCUGACCCCCUCCCUUCCUCAACUGGACAGGCUGGCGCCCAUCUUCCCUUCUGGCAGGGAAUGCCAAGUCACCCCUUCCGCUUGCAGAACGAGGAGGAGGAGGACCCCCAUGAACCCUCUCUCGCAAGGCCUGGGCCUGUCCCUCAUGGGCGUCCACAACCAGCACCUGCCAAAUGAAGGGGUCCUUGGACUGCUCUGAAAGG